CUUUUAUUUUGACAGCCAGGUUCUGGAUGUGACGCCGUUGUCUCCUGAGUAGGACUAGAGUGUUUACUGCAGCAGCAGCAGACUGUUGGAUGUUGAGGAGAUUCAGGGCUGUUUAUUGUUCUGGAUCAGAUCAGGUGCUGAUAGUUAGAGCGCGGGUUGGACAGGUGUUUGCUGUGGUUUAAAGUAAAGACUGGAUUCUCUGUAGGUGAAUAAUGGAAGGGUGCUGCAGGUUUCCCCCCGAUCUCCAGUAAAGUGGAGCAGCAGAAGAUCCAGCUCUGAUCAGCAGCAGCUCCACACCUCUGUACUCAGACUGCCAUCACCAUCAGCUCACCUGGUGCAGAACUGAAUGCUAUGCUGUUCCAAGUCUUCUCCUGAUUCCAGUGUCAACAUUCCUAACUGGAGGAAGUUUAGCUGCACAAAUACAAUCAGAAGAUUUUAUCAAAUAUUCUAAGCUGCGGAACGAAGGGGAGAACAUGGCAUCAAGAGAAAUCUCAGAUACUCAGCAAACACCCUCUCCUACACCUCACAGCCACAUGCAAAAAAGUACAGGAAGAAAGAAGAAAACUCACCAAUGCUCAGACUGCGGGAAAAGCUUUAGUGGUCCGAGUAGUCUCCAGCAACACCAGCGCAUUCACACAGGAGAGAAACCGUUUCACUGCACAGACUGUGGGAAGACCUUUAAUAUUCGGAGUAAUCUCCAGCAACACCAGCGCAUUCACACAGGAGAGAAACCGUAUCACUGCUCAGACUGUGGGAAAAGUUUUAAUUGCCAGAGUUAUCUUCGAAAACACCAGCGAACUCACACUGGAGAGAAACCAUAUCACUGCACAGACUGUGGGAUGGAUUUUAAUCUACAGAGUUAUCUCCAAAAACACCAGCGCAUUCACACAGAACAAAAACGAUAUCAAUGCUCAGACUGUGGGAAGAGUUAUAAUCGUCAGAGUUCUCUCCAAACACACCAGCACAUUCACACUGGACAUAAACCCUAUUACUGCUCAGAGUGUGGGAACAGUUUUAUUCAUCAGAGUUCUUUUUUAAAACACCAGCGCAUUCACACUGGAGAAAAACCGCAUCAGUGCCAAGAAUGUGGGAAGAGUUUUAUUACACAAAGUGAUCUAAAAGUACACCAGCGCAUUCACACUGGAGAGAAACCGUAUCACUGCCCAGAAUGUGGGAAGAGUUUUACAUUUCUGAGCAGUCUUAAGUGCCACCAGCGCCUUCACACAGGAGAGAAACCGUAUCAGUGUUUAGAAUGUGAGAUGAGUUUUGCUAGUCAGAGUCAUCUCCAAUACCACCAGCGCAUUCACGCUGGAGAGAAGUCAUUUCAGUGCUUAGAGUGCGGCAAGAGUUUUACUACACAGAGUAGUCUCCAGGGACACCAGCGCAUUCACACUGGUGAGAAACCAUAUCACUGCACAGAAUGUGGGAAGGAUUUUACUUAUCAGACUACUUUCAAACUACACCUGCGCAUUCAUACUGGAGAGAAACCAUAUCCCUGCUCAGUCUGUGGGAAGAGUUUUAAGUGUCAGAGUUAUCUCCAAACACACCUGAGCGUUCACACAGGAGAGAAACCGUAUCAGUGCCCAGAUUGUGGGAAGAGUUUUACUAAACAAAGUGAUCUCAGAGUACACCAGCGCAUUCACACUGGAGAGAAACCAUAUUACUGCUCAGACUGUGCAGUGAGCUUCAGGUAUUUAAAAGCACUUAAGAAACACAAGUGCACACAGAGCAGUCAUGAAAAUGGGCAGGGAAACACCUAAAACCAUUCCAGAUUCCAACCCUGGCUUUAAACAGUUGCUAAAGCAUAUUCAUAAAACAACAUAUAGUUUUAAGUACUAAGUGUUAUGUCCUGCUUUCAGUGGAAGAUAUUAUAACCACAGGGAGUGAAAGCUGUAAUAUUUAACCCUUAUCCUCUUCUCUGUACAGGACUUUUACCCCUUUUACAUAUAAUUUAGUUGCAUGAAGAAUCUGUGGAGAAUUUCUUUCUUUCUUUCUCCUCUUUCUCUUUGGCUGCAUGGAGAUCUGAACUGUUUUUUCCUCUCUCUGCAUGAGAGGACCAACAAAACCAAACAUGGCUUUAUGUUCUCAGCUACAGAACUCGACUCUCUGAGCUUUUCACAUGAACUGAACUCAUUUUACAUAUUUGAAUUUCCCUAUUGAAAAAUGAAUAAAAUACGGUAGAUUUUC